AUGCACAAUGUAAUAAGAGCAGCUGUGGUGGUUCAGCUACAAUGCACUAUGGUAGAUUGUUUCUGUUUCAGUCUUCAGCUUCCAUCUUCAGGAUCACAUAUUUUUAACAAGGUGUUACGCGGUCGCAUGGAUCCCGCCGUGCUGAGCCUAGGCCAGGAGGUGGGAGCCUGGGACGCGGUUCUGCUGGAGCCGCUCUCCGAGGACUCAUUCACCGCCAACCUGCAGGCGCGCUUCAAGCGGGACCACAUCUACACGUACAUUGGCGACGUGUUGGUGGCCGUCAACCCUUACAAGAAACUGGCCCUGUAUUCGGACGAACUGGCCCGCGCGUACGCCCGCCGAGGACCCUACCAGCUGCCGCCGCACUUGUACGCCGUAGCCGGGGCGGCGCGCCGUUUCCUGCGCGACCGCGGCCAGGACCAAGCGCUGGUGCUGUCGGGCGAGAGCGGCGCAGGCAAAACGGAGGCCGGGCGCGUGCUGUUGCACUUCCUGGCGUCGGGCGCAGCCUCCGACCCGCCCCCCGGUGCCGCACCACGCCUAUUGCACGCCGGGCCCGUGCUUGAAGCAUUUGGAAAUGCCAAGACUCAAAGAAAUGACAACUCCUCCAGAUUUGGCAAAUACCUGGAUGUGGAGUUUGACUUCAAGGGAGACCCGCUUGGAGGCACUAUCACCCAUUGUGAGUAGUGAAAAUACCAUGUACUCACCCAAACAACUGUGUAUAUGUACCCAGCAUUGACAAGUUCCUCAUGCUAUCAUGGAGUGUUUUCCUCUGUUCUAGACCUCCUGGAGAAGUCUCGAGUGACGGGACAAGCUGCAGGAGAGCGCAAUUUUCAUAUUUUCUACCAGCUUCUUGCAGGAGCAGAUAUCCAGUUGCUCAAGGCACUGAAGCUGCAGCGCAAUCCUGAAAAUUAUGCUGUACUGAGGAGCUGCAGACCAUCAUCAUGUCCUGGAGCACGCGAUGAUCGACAAGAUUUUCAAACAACUAAGCAUGCAAUGGAAGUGAUGGGUUUUUCACCAGAUGAAAUAGUCUCAUUGUUAAAAGUGGUGGCAUCAGUAUUGAAGUUGGGCAAUGUCACUUUUUUGCCUACAACAAACAUUGAUGGGACUGAAGGCUGUGCUAUAAGUAAUGAAUAUGAACUUUUUGAGGUAUCUCAAUUACUGGGAGCUGAUAUGGCUGUUUUGCAUGCAGCACUUACUCAGCGUUGUGUAACAUUCUGCCCACCGCCACCUAAGUGUUGUUCGUCACCCAAAAAGACUGGUUCUCCAGCUAAGAGCAGCAGUCGAGAUCUCUUUGAUGUUUGUGAUCUACUGGGAAGUGGCACAGAUGAAGAAGUUAUUGCCGAACUUGGUGCUUCAGAAGCUGCUCGAACAAGAGAUUUGCUUUGUAGAGCCCUCUACAGUCGUCUUUUUACUUGGCUUGUUAGUCGUGUGAAUGAUUCUACAAAGGUGAAACCUUAUGGUAGGCGAAGAGUUUUGGGCCUUCUUGAUGUUUAUGGUUUUGAAGUAAUGGAACGUAAUGGUUUUGAACAAUUUGUCAUUAACUUUUGCAAUGAAAAGUUACAUCAAGUUGUGACAGAAGCAACAUUGCGUUUAGAACAAGAAGAAUAUGUAAGAGAAGGUCUUGAAUGGUCUCAUGUGGACUUUCCUAGUAAUCAAUCUCUCUGUGAUUUUAUUGAAAAGAAUCAUGGUGGUCUGCUUUCUCUUUUGGAUGAAGCUGGAAUAAGUAUGUUAUCAGAUGAAAUGUUUCUUUCACGACUCUCUCAGUGUCCUGCCCAUCGUGGUCUUCUGUCUACUGCUCAUAGUGCUGACAAUAGUGUUCCACCUGGCUGCUUCAGGUUACGACAUUUCGCUGGAGCUGUCACUUAUGAUGUGCGUGGUUUUGUAGACAAGAAUAAUGAUAUUUUGCCCCGUGAUCUAUCAUUGGCAAUGUAUCGAUGUCAACAUUCUUUGUUGAAACUGCUCUUUCCCGAAGGAAUCCUAAAAGACCUUCUCUAAAACGACCAGCAACUGCUGGUGCCCAGUUCAAAGUCUCUCUGACGGCUUUAGCUCGAUCAUUAGCUGGUAGACAUGCUCACUACAUUAGGUGCAUUAAGCCUAAUGAGUUAAAGCAACCUCGCAUUUUUGAACUUGCUUUAGUACAACACCAAGUUAGAUAUUUAGGCCUUGUGGAAACUGUACGGGUUCGACGAGCAGGAUUUUGUCAUCGGUUACCAUAUAUGCAAUUUUUGGAGCGCUAUAAAAUGCUGUCACUUCGCACUUGGCCUAGCUGGCCAGGGACUCCAGUGGAAGGAGUGUCUUACUUGGUGCGCGAUCUUCCCAUUCCCAGUGGUGAAUUUGCAUUUGGCAGAACAAAGCUUUUUAUGCGAAGCCCACGUACAGUCUAUGAGCUUGAAGAAUUUCGACGUGCUCGUCUUGAAGAUCUAGCUGCUUUGAUUCAGAAAACAUGGAGAGGACACUGGCAGAGGACACGGUUCUUAAAAAUGAGAAGAGCACAAACUGUGAUAGCAUCUGCCUGGCGUAGUUGGAGAGAGUGUCGCUUUGGAAUAUCCUUUGAGGGGCGAAGGCAUUUGUGGUGCCUUUACAAUGUGGCAAGGGAAGAAUACAGGGAAUUAAAGCGGCGGCGACAGUUAGAAUGGGCUGCUUCUGUAAUCCAGAUUCGUUACAUUCUACUUCAGCGUCGCCGCUUCUUAUUGCGUCUUGCACAAUCAUUAAUUCCAUCAGCAGAAUCUCCAAUAAGCAGAGAGUGGCCUUCUGCACCACGGCGCUUGACUGAUACUUCACUUUUACUUCGAAGGCUUCAUCACAAAUGGAGGUGUCAUAAAUAUCGAUUGAAAUUUGACCAGACUGCUCGAAACAGAAUGAGAGAGAAAGUUACCGCAAGCAUAAUUUUUAAAGACAGGAAGGCAUCUUACCCGCGAAGUGUUUCUCAUCCGUUUCUUGGUGAUUACGUGCGUCUUCGGCAAAAUUUACAGUGGAAAAAAUCAUGUGUUGAAACAAAUGAUCAGUAUGUUGUGUUUGCUGAUAUAAUUAACAAAAUUACUCGUUCAAGUGGAAAAUUUGUGCCCAUCUUGUUUGUGCUUUCAACUAGUGCCAUGCUUAUUUUGGAUCAGCGUACAUUACAAGUGAAAUACAGAGUGCCUGCAGCAGAGAUAUAUCGUCUUUCACUUUCGCCAUAUCCUGAUGAUGUUGCUGUCUUCCAUGUCCGCGCACCCAGCCCCCCCUCCGAGACUCCGAGCCAGCAGCAUCUGCCAGGCUGCCUGUUCCAGAGCGAGCUAAGCCGGAGGAAGGGAGAUUUCGUCUUCCAGACUGGCCAUGUUAUUGAGAUUGUCACCAAGCUGUUCCUUGUGGUGCAGAAUGCACUAGGUCGACCACCUGAGGUCAACAUUAGCACUGAGUUUGAAGCAAAUUUUGGGCAGCAGACUGUAUUGUUUGCCUUCAAGUGUACUGGUUUGACAGAAACUAAUCCAAGUCAGCUGAGAAUAACAAGGCGAGGCAAUCGUAUGGAGGUCUUGGUUUGAAUAGAGACACUGAGAAAAUUUCUAGAGAGAGAGGAAGAUCCAGCUGAAACUUGUGGUUCAGUCGGCCAGCCUGUCCGGUUUGGCUUUCAGUGAAGUCAUUUGUGAUAUUCUGCCUUUCCUUUGCCUUAGGGCUUAAGAUGAUCUGAUGUUUUUUAAAGAUUUGUCUUGGCUCAUAAACUAUAAGAUUGUGAAGGUAGUAUUAUGGAAGAUAAAUAUUAUUUUGAAGUUGGGCACUUAUUUGUUGCCUCGAGUGUAUGUGUUGAGUGUUGUAAGUGCCAAACCAAGCAAUAUGGGACUUCCUGCUCAUGAGAACUAGACUGAAGGAUAAUCCACAUCUUAUUUUGAAUAAUUCUUUUGAGUACACAUUUUCAUGCAACAUUGAACAUGUAUGAAUCAAAUAUCCUGUAAUCAAGGAGAAACACAUUUUAAUUUUGCUACACCCUUUCAGUCUAAUCAAUAGAUGACAUUUUUAUAUGCAUUUUGAAAGGAAAGGUUCAUCCAUAGAAUUUGUUUACUUAAAGUCCAAAUAGCUUUCCACUCAGAGAGAAUGUUCUUUGUAAGAAAUUGUUAGUAAGAAUGUGUGAACAAGGUUAAUCUUCAAUGAGCUUGAUAAGGUCACUCGUUUUUUGUUGCAAUGACAGUGGUGAGGCAGGUACUCCAAUGGAUGAGUGUGGUUUCAGUAUUGUAUUUGUAUUGUGAAACAACAAACUGAAAUUGUUGGAAGUGAUGUCCUUUUAGAAGUUAAUGUUAAAGUAUCACACAUGUCAAUUACACUGUGCACAACGAACUUGUGUGCCUGUACCUGCCUCACAUUUAUCAGAAAAGCAAAGAGAUGUUCUUUAGUGUUGAGAAAAUAUAUUAAUCCAUGUAAUUUUUAUUGAAACUUAAAAAAAAGAUUAAAAAUUAGUUAUAUGGUUCCAGGGGUAGUGCAAUAUAUUGUGGAACUUACGGCAGGUGGAGCUACAUUGUUACAUUGUUACAGAAGUUUUAUACCUGCUGUUAUGGCUUUCUCUGCCAGUGUUUUGUCUUAGGGAACAGCGCACAAUGUGUGUUGGCAAUAUUGGAAUCUGUCUCCUAAAGUCCAUUGUGUUUAUGUCAGUUGUGGAAAAAAUAUAUUUCAACUAUAUAACAAAAUCUGCAAUUAUUUGAUAAACAAAAUUAAAGACAAUUUGCAGAUAAAUAAUCAGAACAUUAAUGUUCUGUGGAACUUCAAAUGCAGAAGCAUUUG